UGCCAAGGCAGCCGGGCUGAGGAGCCUGUGGAAAUGCCUUCCACCUUCCCUGCUGAGCUUGCCUGAGAGGCUCUGAGUGUGUGGAAGGGGAGGACAAUUGUCCGUAGGUUGGAGAAUAGAAACAGCACUCAGGUGAGACAGAGAGGAAAAAAGAGAGAGACAGAGAAGAGAGAAUAUACAAGAAGAGGAAGGGAACCUGGGAAAUAAGAGCAGGGGCUUUAUGCUGAACUCCGAGGGAGGAUGCUAGGAAGAACUCCCCAGGCGGAGUCCAGGGAGUUCCAAGACCAGAGCUCACUAGCAGAGAGAAAAUUCCUGAGUGAACGGAGCAGCUCCUCUUCCUCCCAGAUCCAGCAGCAGCUGGCUGUCCAGGGCUGAAGAGAGGCUCAUGGGGAAGGAGCCAGGCCCUUUGGUGCUGGUGGGGGUGAGGGAUUGUCCACACUCUGAGAUCGUCUCUGCUUGCAACGCCCGUCCCCUGGAGUUCAGGGUCUGCUUCACAAAGACAUUGGUUUAUCCACUUGUUUUUCAUCACAGAAAUGGCCUCCACUUUCAACCCCCGAGAAUGUACGCUGUCCAAACAAGAAGGACAAAGCUAUGGCUUCUUCCUGCGAAUUGAGAAGGACACUGAUGGCCACCUGGUUCGGGUGAUUGAGAAGGGUAGCCCGGCAGAGAAGGCUGGCCUCCAGGAUGGAGACAGAGUUCUUAGGAUCAAUGGCAUCUUUGUGGACAAGGAAGAGCAUAUGCAGGUUGUGGAUCUGGUCAGAAAGAGUGGGAAUUCAGUGACUUUACUAGUUCUAGAUGGGGAUUCCUACGAGAAAGCCAUGAAAAAACAGGUAGACUUGAAAGAGUUGGGUCAAAGUCAGAAGGAACCAAGUUUGAAUGAUAAGAAACUGCCCCCUGUGAUGAAUGGAGAAGCACAGACUUGGACCCAGCCACGGCUCUGCUACCUGGUGAAGGAGGGGAGCAGCUAUGGCUUCUCUCUGAAAACUGUCCAAGGUAAAAAGGGAGUGUAUAUGACUGAUAUUAUACCUCAAAGUGUGGCUAUGAAAGCUGGUGUCCUGGAUGAUGAUCACUUGAUUGAAGUGAAUGGAGAGAAUGUAGAAGAUGCCAGUCAUGAGGAAGUGGUUGAAAAGGUGAAGAAGUCAGGAAGCCGUGUCAUGUUCCUGCUGGUGGACAAAGAAACUGACAAGCGCCAUAAUGAGCAGAAGAUAAAAUUCAAGAGAGAAACAGCCAGUUUGAAAUUGCUACCACACCAGCCCCGGGUUGUGGAGAUGAAGAAGGGAAGCAAUGGCUAUGGUUUCUAUCUGAGGGCAGGCGCAGAACAGAAAGGUCAAAUCAUCAAGGAUAUAGAUUCCGGAAGUCCAGCAGAGGAGGCUGGCUUGAAGCACAAUGACCUGGUAGUUGCUGUCAAUGGCGAGUCUGUGGAGUCCCUGGAUCAUGACAGCGUGGUGGAGAUGAUCAGAAAGGGUGGGGAGCAGACCUCACUGCUGGUGGUGGACAAGGAGACAGACAACAUAUACAGACUGGCUCAUUUUUCUCCGUUUCUCUACAAUCAAAGUCAAGAACUGCCUAAUAGUUCUGUCAAGGAGGCUCCAGCUCCUCCUCCUGCUCCUCUGGAGGUCUCGAGUCUGGAUACUACAGAGGAAGUAGAAGAUCAUAAGCCUAAGCUCUGCAGGCUGGUUAAAGGUGAAAAUGGCUAUGGCUUUCACUUAAAUGCCAUUCGGGGCCGGCCAGGACCAUUCAUUAAAGAGGUACAGAAGGGCAGCCCUGCUGACCUCGCUGGGCUGGAGGAUGAGGAUAUCAUCAUUGAAGUGGAUGGGGUUAAUGUGCUGGAUGAACCCUAUGAGAAAGUGGUGGAUAGAAUCCAGAGCAGUGGAAAGAAUGUCACACUCUUAGUUUGUGGACAAAAGGCCUACGAUUAUUUCCAGGCUAAGAAAAUCCCUAUUGUUUCCUCCAUGGCUGAUCCACUGGAUGCCCCCCCCAAUUCCAAAGAAGGAACCCUGGUGGAGUCAGAGCAGGACUUGCACAUGGCAAAAGAACGAGCUGACAGUACAGCUUCUCAUUCUUCUUCCAAUUCUGAAGAUACAGUGAUGUGAUGAGAGCAAAUAAUGGCUUUGGCUGAUAGCUGUUUCUGGGUAUUUAAUAGGAAUCUUUUCCCAAGGAAUGAGCUGCCACCCGUUUACCGUCUCUGUUAGAAGACAACUCCUCUGGAAGCCAGUUCAUUAUGUGUGAUUGUCUUAGGGGCAGCUAUUGCAGAUGGCUUAUUUAUGGUCAACUUAGGAAAAGUUAAGGCAGGAGCCAGAUUCUUUUCAUGUGAUCUCUUUCAAGCUUCAACUUAACUAUAUUUCUCUGUAUGAUGAUAUUUCUUACUUCCAUAGGCUCCUUGAGCACCAAAGAUGAUUCAUAAAUCUGUAUAUGUGAGAGCUGCUAAUUAAAGUAUCUGAGCAAAUAAGCCUAUUAAAAUUAUGCUUUUAUAAGACUAUUGCAGUUGCUAAAAUAAAUACCAUUAUAAAUCCC